AUGAAGCAAGAUAAAGAAAUGCCAUUUAAUGGGGAUUUCGAAGAUAGUGAAGCAGAUGAGGAUGACGUUUCUUAGGAGUCUGAAAGCGAAGAAGAACAGAUAUAAGUAAAAAAGAAGAAGAAGAAAGUCGUAAAUUCUAGCAAGAAGUUAAUAAUGAAUGUUUCAGACACUUAGUAUCCUGUAGUUAAAUUUGUUGGAAAAAUGAUUUAUAAGUUCAAAUUGUCUUAUGUUCCUUAUCUUGAGAACAACAAUUGGGACUUUUGUUGGACUGACAAUGCUGUCCUGCCUGAAACACUCUCCAAAAUGCAGCCUCAUUAACGAAUCAAUCAUUUUCCAGGUAUGUAUUCUCUGGCGAGGAAAAAUCACUUGGGUCGUAAUCUCAAUAAAAUGCAAAAAUAAUAUCCAGAUGAAUAUGACUUUUAUCCAAGAACUUGGAUGUUGCCAAGCGAAUAUGGUGAUUUCAAAGCUUAGUUCCAAAAGGGCAAAGCGAAAACCUUCAUUGUAAAGCCUGAAGCCUCUUGCUAAGGAAAAGGGAUAUUUUUGACUCGCUCUAUAGAUUAGAUUAACCCCCAAGAACAUUAUGUUGCGUAAAGAUAUAUACAUAAGCCAUUACUGAUUGAUGGAUUAAAGUUUGACCUAAGAAUGUACGUCAUGAUUUGUGGGUGUGAUCCCCUAAGAAUCUACCUCUAUAAAGAAGGGUUGGCUCGCUUUGCCACCCAAUAAUACUCCUCACCUCAUUCAACUAAUCUUGAUGAUGUAUGUAUGCAUCUGACGAAUUAUGCAAUAAAUAAAGACAACCCAAAUUUUGUAUUUAAUGAAGACGAAAAGAAAAUGGAUGUUGGACAUAAAAGAAGUAUGACUAGUGUUUUUGAGUUGCUAAGAAUUCAAAAAUAAAAUGUAGAUUAAUUGUUGAGUGACAUCAAGGAUUUAAUUAUUAAAACCUUUUGUGCUGUUCAACCAAUUUUAUAAUAAAAUUAUACUCAAGUAGAAAAUUAUGCAAACAAUAUGUGCUUUGAAAUUCUUGGUUUUGACAUAUUAAUAGAUAGCUCACUUAAACCAUAUUUAUUGGAAGUCAAUCACACACCUAGCUUUACAACUGAUACUCCUCUAGAUUCUUACAUUAAAAAGAAUCUCAUACGAGAUGCCAUUACUUUGAUGAGUAUCAAUGUGAAAACAAAGAAUGAAAUCAUAUCAUAAAAGAAGGAUCAAAUGCAAAAACGAGUUCUUACUGGGAAAAAGACUAAAUUAUCAUUUGAAGAAAAACGUGUCUUGAAGAUGCAAGCGUAGAAAGAAAGAGACGAGUAUGAAUGCAAGAAUAAAGGAGAUUUUGAAUUGAUAUAUCCAUGUGAUAAAUCCUAUGAAGAAUUCUUACUCCAUGCUUAGAAAUUGUAUGAAGACUGGACAGGAGCAAAUAUAAGAAGGAAUUUGAAAAGAGACACUAUUUCUGAAUAGCCUAAACCUUAAUCUUGUUCGCAGAAACCAAUACUUACAUAAAAAAGCUAAUUGUAUAAGCAUGUCUAAAGCAAAGUCAAUACUAAUUUAUACCCUACUAAAAACACAAAGGCUGAUUAGGAAGUCACUUAAGAAGAGCCAGAGCAAACAUUUUAGCAUGCACACGAACCUAUUUAAUCAUAGCCUCAGCUCGAGCCUGACAAUUUUGUAACCUAUGAGGAUUAUCAUCAAUCAGAGUCUCUAAAAGAUUUGUACAACUUUGCGGAAAAGAGAAUCCCAGAAAUUUAGCUUAUCGAUUUGAUUCAAUUUAGAAGAGCAGAGAGCAAAUAGGAUAAUUCAAGUUUCUAGAUAUUUCAAAUGAGUCAAUAGAACUCCUUAUCUAACUUGUCUCCAUUAAUGUAGAUCAAAUCCAUUCAAGAUUCAAAGAAUGAGAAGAAGUUCUCUAUAAGAAAAAAAAAUAAACAGCCUAAAUAGAUUGAUUAAGAACAAUUGUACUUUCAACCACAACCCCAUUACCAGCCUCCUAUCCAAUAGCAUUCAAUUUCUUAUUAAUAGUAGGUGUAGAUGCAAAAUGGCUCAUUUGUCAAGCCAAAGGUUUUUAGUAUAAAAUUGCAGCAUCCUCCAAAGGGAUAUAAAUUGUAAUCACUUCCCAUUUUAAUGUAAUAAAAUUAUACAAAAUAACGGUAUGAGUAAGGAGUAUGA